CGCCUCGUCGCAGGAAACUGACGUCACUGAAUCAGAUUUUUUUUGUAGAGGCGGGUUGGAAGAGAAGCUUCUGGAAGAGUCUCUGUGAACUGAGGUUGUGAGGAUCAAACUACUGUUUCAUACAAGGUUAUCCACCAAAGACAAACAUGGUCAAGGAAACGGGCUUCUAUGAUACAUUAGGUGUGAAACCUAAUGCUACUCCCGACGAACUGAAACGGGCCUAUCGUAAACUAGCGUUGAAAUAUCACCCCGACAAGAAUCCCACUGAAGGAGAGAAAUUCAAGCAGAUCUCACAGGCAUAUGAGGUUUUGUCAGAUGCCAAGAAGAGAGAGGUUUAUGACCGGGGAGGUGAAAAGGCGAUAAAGGAAGGAGGCACCGGUGGUGGUGGCAGUGGGGGGAGCUUUGCGUCGCCCAUGGACAUCUUUGACUUGUUUUUCGGGGGAGGUAGCCGGAUGCACAGAGAGCGAAAAGGGAAGAACAUUGUUCAUCAGAUAACGGUGACGCUGGAAGAUCUUUAUAAUGGAGCUACACGGAAGCUUGCUCUCCAGAAGAAUACGAUUUGUGAGCGAUGUGAAGGUCGCGGGAGUAGAAAAGGAGCUGCACAGAUGUGCAUGUCCUGCCACGGCACGGGCAUGCAGGUCCGCAUGCACCAACUCGUGCCAGGUAUGGUGCAGCAGGUGUCUACAGUGUGCCACAGCUGUCAGGGCCAAGGACAGAGAAUCAACCACAAGGACCGCUGCAAAGCAUGCGGAGGUCGAAAGAUCCUGCGCCAGAAGAAGAUUUUGGAGGUCCACAUUGACAAAGGAAUGAGAGAUGGCCAGAAGAUCGUUUUCCAUGGAGAGGGAGACCAGGAGCCAGGAAUCGAGCCAGGUGACAUCAUCAUUGUCCUGGACCAGCGGGAACAUUCAUGUUUCACCAGGAAAGGAGAGGACCUGGUCAUGUCCAUGGAGUUGCAGCUGGUUGAGGCUUUAUGUGGUUUCAAGAAACCUGUUCAGACACUGGACAACAGAACACUGCUCAUCACCUCACGUCCAGGGGAAUUGAUCAAGCCUGGAGACACGAAGUGCGUCUUGACUGAAGGGAUGCCCAUGUAUCGCAGACCCUUUGAGAAGGGCCGCCUUAUUAUUCACUUCUCGGUGGUGUUCCCACAAGCCAACUUCCUUUCUGAGGACAAGCUGAAGAUGCUGGAGCGCUACCUCCCAGAAAAGCUGGAUCCAGAGCAGCCAGAGAGCAUGGACGACGACCUCUACAUCUACGCCGACCUGGAGGACUGUGACCUGGACAACAGGAAAAGAAACAACCAGCAGUACUACUACAUGGAGGAAGACGACUAUGCCAGCCCCGGCGGUGUUCAGUGCCAGACGUCUUAAGUAACAACCGGCCCGUUCUUAAUCCAGAAGCCCUCCCCUCAUCUCUAAAGUAAAGCACCUUUUUUUGGAAUUUAGUGCACUUUUUAUUUAACUGUUGUUUUUCAAAGUUUUCUUUCAAUCUCAAUCAGAAAACAGUGUCCCAACACCCUGUUGAUUUAUUAUUCUACUACUCUUUGGAUGGAGUAGAGUAUCAUAGUUCCAGGAUACAUCUUCUGGGUGAAUGGGCUUCUCUUCAUCUCUUGGACCUUUUUUCUUUUCUUUUAACUUUUUUUCAAUCACACUGUGAUUAGAGACGAGGGGUAUCGGAGGCUUCAGAAAAAACUUUUGUCUGAACAAAGACUGCCUGCUUUUUAUGCAUUUACACUAAAAACGGAUGCCAAUAUUAAGAUGAACAUAACCUUUUUUAUAGUGUUACUAAAUCAGUUGUUGUAAACCACUUGUUGAUGACUUGUUCAAUACGUUGUGUGUGUGUGUGUAAAGACCCAAUCCUCAGAUGGCGGUGGAGGUGGAUGUGCAUUGAGUUGAACGUUUAUGCUGUUUUACCCUUUCAAGGGCUAUUUUCUAGACAUUUCUUAACGAUCUUAAAAAAUGUGGCAAGAAGACGUGAGUUGGUAGUAAUUUAAGGUGAUCAUGGCUCAAGCAUGGCAGCAUUUAGGUUCACGCCACUAAUGUCGAUUUUUCAAGCUGAUAUUUAAGUUUGGUUUAAUAUUUUUGAGCUGCAAUCAGUUCUCUGGUGAUGCCACACUUUUUGGAAACCUAUCGUGUAAAGUAGAACAUCUUGUAUGUAUAAACAACACAGUUUGAUAUGAGCCAAAUAUGACUGCAUAUUACUGGCAGGGGUAGGUAUUAGGUCAAAGAUGAGUAAGAAGUCCCUUUAUUUUGAAAUAUCAGAUCACGGGUGUUUCCAAGAAGCAGGUUAUCUGGAUAACUCAACUUCAGAAUGGGUAUUUUAACAUAACUCUGUGAUUUGGGGCUUUCUCUUGGCGAAAAGAUAUCUCGGAUAACUUGUUAGUAAACCUGCUAACGGGUCCAUAAUGUCUUCAUGGCAAAUGUUUUCCCUCUUGUUAAAGUGUCGAGUGCCCAGUUUCACCCAAGUCUCACAAAGAGAGAGUGAUCGUUUUAGGUUGUUUUAAAGAUUGAAUGUUCUUGAGAUUAUUUCAGUUAUGUGUUUUUUUUUUGGGGGUUUUUUUUAAACUAUUGGUAAUUACAAAUUUUAAAUCAAAGAUAAACUUGUUCAUGGGUUUUUGCUUAUGUAGGCGCACAAGAAAUUAAGUCUUUUAAAUGCCAAAUAAGUCGGGAGGUUACGGAGGGACCUGGUACCUCACUGAAAUGUCUGCUUGUUUGAAAGCCUUGUAACUUAACUUGAAGCUAUAAUGCAGGUUUUUGUUUUUUUUCCAGUGAUGACUUUGCCUUGGAUAUUGUAAAACACAACUAUGCUCACCAGAAGGGAGGUUCCUUUAAUUGUUGAAGCAGAUGCAAAUUAAUGAGUACUCAUAAUGUCCGGGGAACUGGACUUCAAAGUUCAACUCAUAUAAGUGUUUUCAAGUUCGUAAUUUGACUGACGACGGUAUGUGUGUGUGUUAGGACCAAUGAUCUACUUGUUAUGCUCAUGUUUUCUAAUUAAAUGCAGUUUGAUGGUCUCUCU